AUGACUACUCGUCCACCAAAUAAUUUAGAUUAUGUCAAACAAUUGGCAAAACGUCUCUACAAUAUUGACAUUAAUUACAUUAAAGAGCUGAUCAGUUAUAAUGAUCGCAAUUAUCAUUUAAUAACAAACGAGUCGAAAGAGUUUAUAUUGAAAAUUAAGAAUCAAUUGGAAUCUAAAAAUAGGGAUCAAAUUGAUGCCAUCAACGCAUUUAUACUACAUUUACAUAACAAUGGUUUCAAAGUGACAGUUCCUAUGGUUAAUACAAACGCUGAAUAUAUGUCAUAUACAGACAUACCAACUGAUGGCGAGUUGGAUCAAAUCAAUGGACAAAAAUCAUAUGCUAUUAUACUGAUGAAGUAUAUACCGGGAAAACCACUCCGAUAUGUACCGUUCACACCAACAAUAUUGACUGAAUGCGGACUAAUGUUGGCAAAGAUGACAAUUGCACUCAAGGACUUUGAAAAUAUGUCAUUAAAAGAGCGACAAUUUCCGUAUAGUUUGUUGAGAUCAGUGGAUAGCAGACAAUAUAUAACUGAUGUCAAAGACUUAAAUGAUAGACAACUUAUUAAUGAAUGUUUAGAUCAAUUUGAAAGUUUAGUCUUAUUGAGAGUACAUGAGCUAAAAUAUGCUUAUAUUCACGGAGAUUAUAAUGAAUUUAAUAUAAUUGUUGACAAAACUGUGGGGGACAGGGAUGAUGAUACUGAUAAUGAAUAUCAUAUGACCGGACUUAUAGAUUUUGGUGAUGCCGAGUACGGACCCCGGGUUUUUGAUUUGGCUGUAUAUCUUGCCUACUCUUUGCUAAUGUUUACGGCCGGACCACAGAUACUGGCGCCCGGGUUUGGACUGAAAGGCUAUAUGCAACUCAUAGACUUAGAUACUAAUGAAUUGGAUGUACUUUAUUACUGUAUAAAAGCGCGUUUAUGUCAAUCACUGGCUACCGGUGCGCAUUUUUACCAAUUGGAUCCAAACAAUACAUAUGUAUUGUCAUCCCAAGAGACCGGUUGGCCAGCACUCAGAGCACUACAUGAUUGUCAACCAAAAGAUAUACUUAAUAAAUGGCUUAAUAUUGAUGAAUAUAUUUAA